AUGUUUGACAAAACAUUCUACGUAUACGGUUCUUUCCUCAUACUCUUGAUGCUCAUCUGUAACGACGUCAUCAAGUGUGACGACGGAUUUUCAUACAUUCAGAAUCCUAUUAUCAACAUAUUGAUGCAGUCAGUCUCACCGAAGUAUACUCCGAAGAAUCCAUUAGAUUUGUUUGACUUUUUAAGAGACCGUUAUCCUCUGCCGAACGGACUAAAAUUUCCACUAGUAGAAUAUGACUACAUUAUAGUUGGUGCUGGGUCAGCUGGUUGCGUCGUAGCCUCUCGACUCUCCGAAGACCCUGACGUAAUGGUACUUUUGUUGGAAGCCGGUCAACCAGAGAACUUUUUCACUGAUAUCCCAAGCAUAGCACCUUUCUUUCAACUGACUGAAUACGCUUGGCCCUAUUUCAUGGAACCACAACCCGGUGUUUGUUUAGGAAUGGAGAAUAAUAAGUGCUACUGGCCAAGAGGCAGGUCUGUCGGUGGAACAAGUACUAUCAACUACAUGAUCUAUACCAGAGGCAGACCCGAGGAAUGCGAUAGAAUCGCCAGCGCUGGGAACUAUGGCUGGUCUUACAGAGAGGUUCUCAAGUACUACAAGAAAUCAGAACGUGCCCAUUUAGAAGGUCUUGAAGGAUCCCCUUAUCGUGGGACGAACGGAGAAAUGGACAUCGAAUUUGUGAAAUACAGGACACCACUAAUAGAAGCGUUUUUACAAGCUGGCAGGAUAUUAGGCAGUCCAACUACCGAUUACAAUUCCCCGGAACAACUUGGAUUCGGACAUGUGCAAGCAAAUAUCAAGAGUGGCAAAAGGCUCAGCGCAGCUAAAGUCUUCCUUCGCCCCAACAAGAAACGCCCAAACUUGCAUAUACUCCCAUUAACUACGGUGACCAGGGUACUUAUUGACAAAUAUACUAAGACAGCUUACGGAGUAGAGUACGUCAGGAAUCGACUGAAAAACAAAGUAAGAGCACGCAGAGAAGUAAUAUUGUCAGCUGGACCUAUCGCAUCUCCUCAGUUGCUCAUGUUAUCAGGCAUAGGCCCGAAAAAACAUCUUCAAAAACAUGGCUUACGUGUUAUACAAAAUUUGCCAGUAGGUAAAACGCUUUAUGAUCACAUCACAUUUCCUGGUCUUAUAUUCCCACUUAAUGUAACAAACAUAGCCCUUAAUGAGAAUAGAGAUGGAAAUGUACAAAAUCUUAUUGAGUGGAUGCAGUUUGGCGACAAUGUGGUUUCAAGUCCAGGUGGUGUUGAGGGUAUUGGAUAUAUCAAAACUCUGGCAUCUGAUGAACCAGAUCAAAUACCAGAUAUAGAAUUGAUAAGCCUUGGUGGAUCGCUUCUAGCAGAUGGAGGGUUAACUGGAAGUAAAGCAAUACGACGCGGAAUGAAAAUAACUGAACAAACAUUUGACGCUGCUUUCGGAUCUAUUGACAAUACAGAUGCCUACAGUAUAUUUCCUAUGUUAUUACAUCCUAAAUCAGUUGGAUAUCUUGAGUUAAAAGACAAUAAUCCAUUUAGCCAUCCAAAAAUGCACGGAAAUUAUUUGACACAUCCCCAUGAUGUAGGAACUCUGAUAGCCGCCAUACGAUACAUUCAGACGCUAGUUGCUACUCCGCCAUUUCAAAAAUAUGGGGCAACACUUCAUAAAGCACAUUACCUGCAGUGUCCUGAACUUUCUUUCAAUUCUGAUGAAUAUUGGGAGUGUGCUAUUAGGACUCUAACAGCAACGCUACAUCACCAAAUAGCAACAUGUCGUAUGGGUCCUGAAAAUGAUCCUUUAGCUGUUGUGGAUCCCGAAUUACGGGUUCAUGGGGUACAUAGAUUGAGAGUAAUUGAUAGCAGUAUAAUACCUAGAACUCUGUCAGUUCACACUCACGCACCAGCAGUAAUGAUUGGAGAGAAAGGGUCUGACAUGAUUAAAGCUACGUGGCAUGAAGACACUAGUGUAAUGAUUUUUAGUUAA